AUGGCAGCCAACAGCACCGCCGCUUGGCCGGGUGAGGAUUCCUUCGGCCCUGCAUCCACGGAGAGGUUCGACUUCACGUUACUCUUCGAGCAGGCCUUUCUGCGUGUUGUCCUCUCCGUCCUACUGCUGCUUCUCGUUCCCCUGCGCCUGUUCUAUCUCCGCCGGCGGAGGCCGAGAGUUCUCGGCAGGGCUCUUGGCCGAGCCAAGCUUAUAAUAUGUUUCGUAUUUGCAGCCAUGCACCUCACGGUGCUGGCCUUGUGGGCCAACAGAACCCCAACCCGGGGUGCUCCCAUCGCAGCCUCCAGCCUCAGCGUCCUCGUCACUCUGUUCAUGGCCUUGGCGAGCCAAGCCGAGCACGUGCGAUCACACAGGCCAUCGACGCUGAUAUGUGUCUACCUGAUGCUGUCCAUCGGGUUCGACGCCACCAUCUGCCGAACCCUGUGGCUGCUCCCCGACGCACGCGUCCUGGCGUCCGUUUCCACCGGGACUCUGGCCGCCGAGGUGGCCGUGCUCGCCGUGGAACUACAGGAUAAGCGCAACCAUCUGAUCGGCGCGUGGAAGAAUCUGGGCCCGGAGGCCACUGCUGGGAUCGUCAGCCGGGCCCUGUUUUGGUGGCUCAACGAGCUGAUGAUCAGGGGGUUCCAGGCAACGCUGUCCAUGGCGUCGCUCCACCAGCUCGACGAGGAGUUGCAGGCGAAGGCCGCUCUGGAUAAGACUCGGGAUUUUCAACAAAGACCAACCUUUCGAGAUCGUCACAAGUAUCGCCUUCUGGUUCUUGUCCUUGGCUGCCACAAGACGGCACUCUUGCUGGCCGUAAUUCCUCGCCUCUGUCUGAUGGGGUUUACAUUCGCCCAGCCAUUUCUGAUCAACCGCGUGAUCAAGUAUGUGGAAGGGGAUAAAGGGCCCGAUCCACGAAGCUACGCAUACGGGCUCAUGGGCGCCACUGCCCUCGCGUACCUCGGCUUGGCUUUUUCUAGGAGUCUGUAUAAAUACAGGGCUUUCCGCUCCAUGACCAUGAUCAGAGCCUGUCUCGUCAUCAUGAUCCUGGAUCGGGCUGUGGAUCUGAACAAUCCGUCCCAAGAUCUGGGUUCAGGAACCCUGAGUCUCAUGAGCAGCGACGCGGAGCAAAUUGUUCAGUCGUUCGAGGACUUCCACGAGAUCUGGGCCAAUCCGAUAGAGAUAGCAGUAGCCAUCUGGCUGCUGGCUAGGAUUCUUGGUGUUGGGGCUAUUGGCCCUGCCGUCCCCUUUCUUGUGUGCACAUUCAUACUCAUGCCUCCGGUAGCCAAAAGAAUGGGGCCUGCAAUGAAGUUAUGGAAUGCUGCGAUACAGAAACGUGUUUCCGUCACAUCGGACAUUGUAGGGGCCAUAAAGGAGGUCAAGUUGCUCGGCGCGACUGCGAAGUGGUCCAACAUCAUCCAGGGGCUUCGCAAGACCGAGCUUGAACAGUCAAAAAGAUUUCGAGGAUGGAUUGUUGUCAUGAAUGUUGUGGCUAAUAUGCCUCCUUUUCUCGCGCCUCUGCUAACCUUCGGCCUGGCCAUUGCCAUCUCGACUGCUGAUGCACAACUGCUGACUGUCGCCAAUGUUUUCACUUCAAUCUCAAUUAUUAGUAUGAUUGUCUCGCCUUUGGCUUCUCUUCUCUCGGCCAUUCCGAAUUUCGCCUCGUCGUUCGGGUCUUUUGAGAGGAUUCAAAAGUUCCUGGAUGAGGUGGACAGUCAAGUUGGCAAAAUGUCUGUUCAACAGGGGCUGCGGAAUUUGGAUUCCCGUCAGACAGAAAAGAGAUCGCAAGUCUCAGACCGCGACAGACCACCUGAAAAUCCCAUUAUUACCUUUAAGAAUGCCUCCUUUGGCCCUUCAUCAACCACAGGUAGUCCUCUGCUCCAAGACGUCAAUGUGUCGAUACAGAAAUCUACAAUCACCUUAGUCACAGGCCCCGUAGGCUCUGGAAAGACCACCCUCUUAAAAGCCCUGCUUGGAGACUUCCCAGUGGCUGGUUCUUCUGACCAGUCGCCCAUCAGAGCUGCAUACUGCGCCCAAAAUCCAUGGCUUACCAAUGCCAGCAUUCGGCGCAAUAUUGUGUCUUACAAUGAAUUUGACGAGGCGUGGUAUCGCAUCGUACUUCACGCGUCAGCUCUUGACAAUGAUCUGGAUCAGCUGUCUUCUGGAGAUCAGACAAUUAUUGGGAGCAAAGGCAUAUCACUCAGCGGUGGCCAGCAGCAGCGUAUUUCACUAGCACGAGCACUGUACUCCAGGCAACAGGUAUUGAUACUUGAUGAUGUGCUCAGUGGCCUAGAUAGCACUACUAAAGCUGAAGUAUGGGCGAGAACCUUUGGUCCAAAGGGCAUACUUAGACAGCAACAGGCCACCGUCGUGCUCGCUACACACUCAUUGAGGCAUCUCCAUGAAGUUGACAGUAUCAUCCUGAUUGACUUUCAUGACGAUAUCCGAUUCCUUAAGCAGGAUAAAGAAGAUGAGAAUCUUGACAAGACACACCGUUCAGCAGAGAUCGGGGCACAAAAACUACCCAACAAAGUUGUUAACAUGCCAAAGGACGAUCACGAGGAGCAAGACCUGCUCCGUAAAGCUGGAGACAUAUCACUUUAUGGCUACUAUUUUAAGUCCAUUGGUUGGUCGUCAAGCAUUAUAUUCAUUGGUAGUAACAUGCUGGCAACAAUUGGGGUGAUAUCUCCACAGCUAUGGCUGAAAGCAUGGAGCGAGGCAAACAGUAGGGACCAAGGCACCAAUAAUGGGUGGUAUUUCGGGAUCUUCGUCAUGAUCUGCAUCCUUGGGCUGGUGACUGAGGGGGUUGCAAUCUGGGCUUACUUUGUCAAUGCUGUCCCACGAUCAGCAAACAACCUGCAUUGGGCACUGCUAAAGGCUGUGAUGAAAGCUCCGUUGGCAUUCUUCGUCACUACGGACCUUGGCGACAUUAUCAACAGGUUCAGUCAGGACAUGUCCCUUAUUGACAAGGCCCUGCCGACGGCGCUUUUCAUGGCCGUGAGACUCAGCUUCAUGGCUAUCGCUGAGGCAGUCCUGGUAUUCCUCGGUGCCAAAUACCUUGCUGCCAUCAUUCCAGUUGUUAUUAUCGCUCUCUACGUACUUGGUGUCUUCUACUUGCGAACGUCACGCCAGGUGCGGUUUCUUGACCUCCAGGCCAAAGCACCGCUCUACACGCACCUCCUUGAGACCGUUGACGGGCUAGCGACCAUCCGCGCCUUUGGAUGGCAAAUGAAUGUGCGCGAUGCUGGCAAAAAGCUCCUGGAUGCAUCGCUGGGCCCCUAUUACCUACUUUUCCUCAUCCAGCGUUGGCUCAAUGUCGUCCUAGACCUUUUUGUUGCGGUCGCUGCCUUUCUCCUGGUGACAUUUUCCGUGCUUUUCACUGAGUCCACGACUCCAGCAUACGUGGCUAUUGCGUUGUACAACAUCAUGAGCUUCAACUCAACAUUAGCGCAGCUCAUCUCGUCCUGGACUUCGCUGGAGACAUCAUUAGGGGCUAUCUCGCGACUGAGAACCUUUGAAGAAACUACGCCAGCGGAAUGUGUUCCGGCACCGGGUAGUAGCAUUCCCAACGGCUGGCCAGGAUCGGGCGCCAUAUCGAUAACCAAUAUCAGUGCCUCGUAUCCAAGGAUGAACCAGGCUCAAGAGUCGCCAUCAGCAACAGCACCAGCCCUGAAGGAAAUUACACUCGACAUCAAGCCUGGUGAAAAGAUUGGUAUCUGUGGACGAACUGGAAGCGGCAAAUCCUCAUUGAUCUCAACACUGCCGAGGCUGCUGGAGCUAGACGAGGGACGCAUUUUGAUAGACGGAGUUGACAUCUCAACCUUGGAUCUUGCUACGCUGCGCAAUGGUCUGGUUUCGGUACCUCAACAGUCCGUAGUAUUCCCGGAAAGCGUAAGGUCGUAUCUCAACCAGAUAUCAAGCAGCGAAGACGCAACAAUGGAGGCCAAGAAGUAUAUACACGACGACCAGGCACUGGUUGAUGCGUUGACCAAAGUCGGUCUCUGGAGUCUGGUCAGCACACAUCGGGGCACUGCCGGCCACGGUCUGGACGCCGAGGUGAGCGAGCUACCGCUCUCCCAGGGACAAAAGCAACUCAUGUGCUUUGCACGCGCUCUGCUACGGCGUGGUCAGUCGCGGAUCCUACUACUGGAUGAAGCGACAAGUGCCGUGGACAGAAGCACCGAAGAACUGAUGAUGCAGCUCAUCCAGACGAAGUUUAGUGAGCACACCGUCGUGAGCGUCGCGCACCACCUAGACACGCUCCAACGCUUCGAUCGUGUCGUGGUCAUGGCAAAGGGUGAGAUAGUCGAGACAGGAGAGCCCGGAGAACUGUUGAAGAGGCCUGAUGGGAAAUAUCGGGAGCUCUGGGAAAGCUAG